AUGGACCUGAAAACGAGGCUGCGCAAGGCCUGUGAUGCCUGCAGUAUUCGAAAAGUGAAGUGUGAUACCAGUGGGCCACCUUGUCGGUCGUGCGCUAGCUUAGAUAUUCCCUGCACUUAUGAAAGACCGAGCAGACGCCGCGGUCCUCCCAACCGCCAUGCAGAGGCAUUUAAGAAACAAAAACGGGAGCCUGAAGAUGCAGCGUCGCUGAGCCCGACAGACUAUCCGUCGGCGGCGACUCCCCUGGCAACGCCAUUCACCAACCCCCAAUCUACAUCGUUCCCCCUUUCGGUGGAAUCAAUUUGUUCUUUGCACACGAUGCAAAUGCUGCUUGAUGACUUUUUUACUUACAUUCAUCCUUUGGUCCCAAUUCCACAUGAGCCUUCUUUUCGGGCAGCCUUUGAGCGUCGGGAAGAUGUAACCAAUCACACAUUUUUGGCACUACUGGCCUCAAUGAUUGGACUCCUAGUGGUUUCCUUUCCCCGACGUCCUAAGCUUCGGCUCAACACUGAAGCUGAGCGCACCGCUUUUCCCAAUUCUAUAGCUCUAGUAAAGCGGUGCCUUGACGUUGCUAUUCAAGCCCGCGGGACUGGAUACCUUGAUCGCAACGCCACAGUCUAUGACGCGGCGAUCAGCUAUUUUCUCGCUGUAUGUUCCGGGUAUAUUUACAACAUGCGCCGGUGCCGUGUGUACUUAUCGGAAUGCCGAGCCAUGCUCCAAGUGUAUGAUCUUUGCCGGUCUCCGACCACCACCAACCGCUCGUCCUCGACACUAGGGCCCGUUAGCCCACUAUCAUCGGUGUCAAUAAGGGCGCAUGAUCAAUUACCACAUACUUUCACGGAAGCCCAAGGCGUCGACCUCAUCACUCAAGAACUUGGACGGCGUCUAUUCUAUGUCACCUUAGUCGGAUAUCAGACAUUACACCAGAUGGGCUCUUCAGAUAUCAAGGUUCAUGUUCCUCCAGAGACACCAACGGACCGUUAUCCACCACUCCCGCUGGAGAUCGACGAUGAAUUCUUAUUCACAACACACGUUGAGCCGCAGCCAUCAGACCGAGUUUCACAGCUAGUCGGGUUCAACGCAAACGUCCGCGUCUACAGCUCAUAUACUGCCCUGCUAGCUUGGGAAAUAGCAUUUGGUAGUGGUCAAAUAUUUGACUGGGAACACCAGCGCAACAGCAUUUGGAACUGUCUCAAACAGGCAAAAUCUGCACUAAUCGAUGUUCCUGCCGAGUUAUCUCUCUGCCAUUCCCAACACAUAUCCCCGGCGGGUUUAUCAGGUCUUGGCGGAGAUGACACAAUCUUCAGUUACUCGAAUGAUCACAUACACCAAGAACGACGUGCUAUACAGUAUGAGAUACAGAAAGCCAAUAUUUACGCCAGUCAACUAUCCACCAGGUCCUAUCUGGUUGAGAAGUACUGGAGCCUUUUCGAAACGUUUUCAAAGUACGGAAAUUCACCUACAUUCACUACCCCGGACAGCACUACGCCACAUAUCAAAAUCGAAGGAGGGCCCAAUCCGGCACCUAAUACGACUGCUACCGGCGCAGCGCCCACCCCCCCACACACGGACUAUAUUGGCUGCAUGAUGGCCGAAGAGCGCAAGCUGGUCAUCAAAGAUCUCUUCGUGCUGCUACGAACAGUGAAUGAGGUGAACAUGGAGCCGAACGGCGCAAGCAUUACCAAUAAAAUCCGUCAAGUGGCAUCCACUCUCCUAAGCCUCUCCCACCGGCCGAAUCAAUCGGCAACCGAAAUCCCAAAUCUCACCACUACUGCCGCACCAUCACCAUCACCAACGGCCGUCCCACCAGGCCACAUCCUCACUGCCACAGAGGCGGAGUCCUACCUACAGGCAUUCAUUGAGACGCUUGUCCGGCUUGAAUGUCAUUCACCCAUGAGUGAUGCAGCCAGUCCUACUGACGGCGUCGGCCCGCAGAUGAACGGCCGCGCUAUGAGCUAUCUCAGUGAUUAUGAGCGAGAUCAAGAAGAAUUGAGUCAGUGGGCGAGCUUGAAAGAGUAUCAGCAGAAGUUUGCGGAAGCCGGUGGUGUUUUGUAUCAGUUGUAG